CGGACAGUAUCUAUUACUUAUUUGUAUAUAGACUUCCCCCGACCCAGCCAGCCCAUACGUUUUCUUCUACUCUUUACUUAUCCCCUCCUCUCUUCUCCAAAUACCCUCCAAGUGAAGCAAACGCACUCUGAAGUCAACAGCCAACAGCCAACAGCCAACAGCCAACAAAAUGGAUCCCUCCCUCGUCAAAAUCCCCGCCAUGAAAGAUCUCACGAUCGACAACAUCACGGAAAACGUGAUCCGCAUCAACUCGCUGUGCCCGGACGAGCGCAUGAAGUACAUCCUGGAGCGGCUGGUGACGCACCUGCACGACUUCGCGCGCGAGACGCGCCUCAGCACGGAGGAAUGGAUGACGGGGCUGCGGUUCUUGACCGAGGUGGGCCAGAUCUGUACGGACGUGCGACAGGAAUUCAUCCUCCUCUCCGACAUCCUGGGCCUUUCUUUACUUGUCGACAGCAUCGACCACCCCAAACCCGCCGGCAGCACCGAAGGCACCGUCCUGGGCCCGUUCCACACCCACGAAGCCGCGGAGCUCGCCCCCGGCGCAUCGAUGUCCCAUGACCCCAACGGCCAACCCCUCCUGGUCGUCUGCACCAUCCGAGACACGGCCGGCCGGCCGGUCCGGGACGCGAAGAUCGACAUCUGGGAAACCGACAGCACCGGCCACUACGACGUGCAGUACCCGGACCACGACGGGCCCGACGGCCGCUGCAUCAUGCGCAGCGACGCGGACGGCGUGUUCUGGUUCCAUGCCAUCACGCCGGUGCCGUACCCCAUCCCGCACGACGGGCCGGUCGGCAGACUCCUCAAGGUGCUGGGCAGACAUCCGUAUCGCCCGAGUCAUAUGCAUUUCAUGUUUGAGAAGGAGGGGUUCGAUCAUUUGAUUACAGCCCUCUACCUCCGCCACGACCCCUACGAGACCUCCGACGCCGUCUUCGGCGUCAAGGACUCGCUCGUCGUCGACAUCGGCACCGCCGGCCCGCACUACGCCGCCAAGUACCACGUCCCCGAGGACCACGCCCUGCUCACCUACGACUUUGUGCUGGUCUCCGACGCGGAGACGAGUGCGUUGCGCGCGCGCAACUCCAAGGAGGCGCUCGAUCGGCUGGGCCGGAAGGUCCGGAUUGUGAAUGGGUUGCCGGUGCCGGAUUUGGAUUGAUUGGG